AUGUUUGAAGUCCCAAAUGCAAAGAGGAUCAAGCGAUCUGAACUACUUCAGCGUGAUGAGAGCCCACAAUCUCGAUCUUCAUCAAGGUCAACGACCCCUUUCGGCGCGGAAGAAGACGAAAGUGAUCAGAAUGUGAAGCCAAACUACGGCUUCCAAUACGACUUCAUAAACCCCGUAUCUUACACAUCAGAGACCGCUGCCCACGAGUCCCAGGGGUCGACCAAAGCAGAUGACGACCAAAACCAAGAGGAACAAGAAUACCAAUUCCGCCUCUUCACCUCAGCCCCUCAGCAGCAAUCAGCAGCCCAACCAUCUCAAUCUACAAACCCAAAAAUCAGACUCUCAGCAACUCCACCACCAGAAGAUCUUGCGGAGUCCUUGUCCCUCGACAAAGCCAACUUCAUCCGACCUAAUCGACCCGAGUCUUACUACUUCACGUCAGCCAUUCCUCAGCGACUGCUCGAGGAUCUGAGAUCUCAAUAUACGCAAGUCGCACUCUCCACCUCAGACGUUCUCUCGCGCGCAAGCUCGACAAACUGGCCCGGGACAGCCCUGCCCUGGAGAUGUGUUCACGUCGAGCUACUCAACUCUCGCCACAAGCUCUCGGAUCCCUCGAAUAAACCGUCCAUCUCCGUCCCCACCCGUGCGGCAACAAAACAAGACAGCACCAGAUCUUCAUACGCCAACAGACAACGAACAAGACCGUCCAAGAAAAGCCGGAUCCUCCUUCGCCGCCGUCUCGCCCUCCGCGCCGAACUAGCCGCCCAGGCCGAAAAGUCGGACGAACUAGAGCGCCAGAAACGCACGCAACGCAAUCGUGAAAAGAAAGUCAAGCGCAAGGAGAGGGAGAAGAGGAAGAAAUUGGACGCUGCCCAGGAUGCCGCCGAACCCGGACAGGCUCGACAAGAAGAUGAGCAGGAGGAUAUUUCCAUGCUCGACGACGACUCAAAGGACGACUCUCAAAUCGCCGAGAAUCAUACUCAUACUCCGGCACCGCGAGCCCCAGCCCCAGCCCCAGUAUCAAAACUAGAUGAUCGAAAGCCUGACGAGACGAAGAAGCCGCCAGUCACUUCGACACCGAAAGCGCCCACGGCGCCCAGAAGGACAGAGGCCUGUACAAAGUCAUCAACUCCCACCAAACGAACAGCGCCCACUGCGAGAGCAGUACGAGUCUCCUGA